CCCGCGGCUCGCCCGGCUGCUGGGGGACAUGGGCGCGAGGGGCGCGCGGGCCGCCCUGUGGGGCGUCGCGCUGCUCUGCGCGCUGGGCCUGGGCCAGAGCUCCCCCGGGGACCCGAGCUGCGGGCCCGGCCGCCUCCUGCGUGGGGCCGGGAGGGACGCGCGCUGCUGUGGCUCCUGCGCCUCAGCCGAGGCCUGUCCCGAGGGGCGCUGCACGUGCCUCCAGUCCGAGUUCCACUGUGCGGACCCCGAGUGCCAGACCUGCAAGCACCACCCCUGCCCGCCCGGCCAGGGGGUGAAGGCCUACGGGAAUUUCACGUUCGGCUUCAAGUGUGUGGACUGUGCCGCAGGGACCUUCUCCGGGGGCCGCGAGGGCCGCUGCACACCGUGGGCCGACUGCUCCCAGCCUGGGCUUCGCACCAUGUUCCCUGGAAACAAGACGCACAACGCGGUGUGCAGUCCGGUGCCGCCGCCGCCUGCUGAGCCGCGCUGCCCGCUGACCGCCGUCCUGGCCGUGGCCGCCUGCGUCCUGGUCCUGGUGGUGGCCCAGCUCGGCCUGCACCUCUGGCAGCUGAGGAGGCAGCGCGUGUGGUCCCCAGAGACCCAGCUGCUCCUGGAGGCACCGCCCCAGCCGCCCGAGGACGCCUGCAGCUGCCAGUUCCCGGAGGAGGAGAGGGGGGAGCAGCUGUCGGAGGACAAGGGCCCGCUGGGCACCUGUGAGUGAGGCUGGACGCCCUCCGGCCGUGGACCUUGAGCCAGGCCUCCCAGGAACUCGCCGGGGCUGGCCCUGGGGGCACGGGCUCCGUGCCCUGCCGAGGGGCCCUCUCUGGCCCGGCCCCGCUCCCCUCGACGGCGGAAGUGGGUGGGGACGGCGACAGUGGCGAGUCCCCAGGCUGGCGGAAGAGGCAGCAGCCGUGGUGGACUGUGGGGACACAGGCAGGGCUGUGGCUGCCUCCCUCCCCGCCGGCCCUGCUGGGGUGGGGGCUGCGGACCCCUCGUUCCCUGGACCGGAGGCCGCACACAGCCCCGGACCUGGCGGCAGGCGGCGCUCAAUAAACACUUGUCCAGGGA